AUGACUGGCAGUAGAACCGGAAAGUCAUUGACUAAAUACAAAAUUGUCUUCCUUGGGGAGCAGGGUGUAGGUAAAACCUCGCUAAUAACCAGGUUCAUGUAUGACACCUUUGAUGAUCAUUAUCAGGCAACUAUCGGCAUAGACUUUUUAUCCAAAACCAUGUAUCUGGACGAUAAGACCAUCAGACUGCAGCUGUGGGACACCGCAGGACAAGAAAGAUUCAGAUCACUUAUUCCAUCUUACAUCAGAGACUCGCAUGUAGCCAUAGUGGUUUACGAUGUGACCAACAAAAAAUCAUUCGAGUACAUCGACAAGUGGGUGGAGGACGUUAAAUCAGAACGUGGGGAGGAAAACGUUGUCCUUUGUAUUGUAGGUAACAAGAACGAUCUUGCUGAUGAACGUCAAGUUUCUACUGAGGAAGGUGAACGAAAGGCCCAGGUAUUGAACGCCAAGAUUUUCAUAGAGACCUCAACAAAAGCAGGUUUCAAUGUCAAAAACCUAUUCAGAAAGAUAGCCAAGACGUUGCCAGAAUUUCAAAAAUCGGACACCGUUCCCUUGGACGACAAAUUUCCCGCCAACAAACCGGACGUAAUUGACAUUACGACAAACAACGACGAUGAAGAACAAACUAGCUGUCAAUGUUAG